AUGGAGGAAAUGGAGGAAUCAUCUUGCAGGCAGCGUCCCACUGCCCAGAAGAGCAUCCUGGCAUCUAACCUGGGCUUACAAGAUGUAUGGAUGAAUGAAGACGCAGAACUUGCUGUAUCUUCUCACAAGAAUUUCAGGAUCAAGAGAUUCCUGGCCAAGAAACCAAAGCAGAAUCAUCACAUUCCCCAGUGGAUAUGGAUGAAAACUGGUAAUAAAAUCAGGUACAACUCCAAGAGGAGACAUUGCAGAACCACCAAGCUGGGUCUAUAAGGAAUCACAUAUGAGGUGGUACACAUAUUUAUGCUGCAUGAAGUCCACUUGCUCAUAUCAUAUACUAUGUAAACAUCACCACUAC